CAAAUUAAUCCUACCUGUCAAGAUUAAGCAUAUAAUCAGAGUUGCAGACUAAAAAAAAAAAAAAAAAAAAAAAAAAAAAAGAGUAUAUCACCUCACUAAAUAUACCCACAGCCUGCCAACAUGAAGUUCCGCGAUGGCAUGUGGCAGUCGGGCAACGACAUGGCGCUGGAGUACGCCGAGGAGGUGCACCAGAUUAGACAGACGGAAAAGGGGGUGCGGCUCCUCUGCCCGACGCGCAAGAUCAUGGGCAGAGGUGACACACUGAACCGAUCGAUCCUGACGAUUGACAUAGAAGCCGAGUUCGACGGCGUCGUGUCGGUAGAGACGACGCACUGGUCCGGCGAGGCCAGGCGUGGCCCGCACUUUGAACUUUACCCAGACGGCAGACCCCCGGCCGUCACACCCGAGGUGACCAAAAGCGACGCCAGCACUAGGCUGACGUCGGGCUCACUGUCCGUGACGGUAUCUUCAGACCCGCACACCUUCGAGGUCAAAUUCCACGACAGCGGCAAGCCCAACUCGCUGCUUACGUCGCUCCUGGAACGCAGCGUCGGGAUAGCGUACAACCCACCGGCGGUGCCGCAGACCAGACUGGAAGACAUGCGGGGGUUUCGGCACCACGUGUUCACGCAGACGACGCUGUCGGUGGGCGAGUCGGUACACGGGCUCGGGGAGCGGUUCGGGGCCUUCAACAAGGUCGGGCAGCAGGUGGUCAUGUGGAACGCCGACGGCGGCACGAGCAGCGAGCUGGCGUACAAGAACGUGCCGUUUUGGAUCAGCUCGCGCGGCUACGGCGUCUUUGUCGACUCGCCCGACCGCGUCGAGUUCGAGGUCGGCAGCGAGCGCAGCUGCAGGGUGCAGACGAGCGUCGAGGCCCAGCGCCUCAAGUGGUUCGUCAUCCACGGGCCCUCGCCCAGGGAUGUGCUGCGGAGGUACGCCGUCCUGACGGGUAAAGCGGCCGCCGUGCCGCCGUGGAGCUACGGGCUCUGGCUCAGCACGAGCUUCACGACCGACUACGACGAGAAGACGGUGCAGGGUUUCCUGGAGGGGAUGAGGGAGCGGAGGAUCGCGGUGGAUGUUUUUCAUUACGAUUGCUUCUGGAUGAAGGAGUUUACCUGGACCGACUUUGUGUUUGAUCCGGAAAAGUUCCCGGACCCAAAGGCAAUGAUUGCGAGGUUUAAAGAGGGCGGCCUGCUCAAAAAGGUCUGUUGUUGGAUCAACCCGUAUAUUGCAGAGCAUGGGGCCAUAUUUCAGGAGGCGGCGGAGAAGGGGUACCUGCUCAAGAGGAAGAAUGGGGUCGAUGUUUGGCAGUGGGAUUUGUGGCAGGCUGGAAUGGGGCUCGUCGACUUUACAAACCCGGACGCCUGCAAGUGGUACGCCGACUGCCUAGAUAAGCUUCUAGACACUGGCGUCGACGCCAUCAAGACCGACUUUGGCGAGCGUGUCCCCUGGCAGGACGUGCAAUGGCACGACACCUCGGUCGACCCGCGACGCAUGCACAACUACUACGCCUUUUUGUACAACCGGUGCGUGUACGAAGCCAUCGAGCGACACCACGGCAAGGGGCAAGCCGUACUUUUUGCACGGUCCGCCACGGCCGGCACCCAGCGGUUCCCGCUCGUCUGGGGCGGCGACUGCGAGAGCACGCCCGAGGGCAUGGCCGAGUCCAUCCGCGGCGGCCUCUCGCUCGGCCUUGCCUGCUAUCCCUUCUGGUCCGUCGACAUUGGCGGGUUCGAGGGCCGGCCGAGGCCCUGGAUAUACAAGCGCUGGGUGGCCUUUGGGCUCCUGUGCAGCCACAGCCGCCUGCACGGGUCCGGGUCCUACCGCGUGCCGUGGCUGAUUGACGACGACGACAGUAGCGAGGAAGGGUGCUCGGCCACGCUGAGCAGCUUCACGGCACUCAAGAACCGCCUCAUGCCGUAUAUUCUUGCUCAGGGUGUCAAGGCUGUGGAGGCGGGGCUGCCGCUUACGCUGCGUGCCACGCUGCUUGAGUUCCCUGAAGAUCCGACGGCGUGGUAUCUAGAUCGUCAGUUCAUGCUGGGAGAGUCGCUGCUGGUGGCGCCCGUGUUCGAGGAGUCGGGCGAGGUGCAGUUCUACCUGCCCAAGGGCACGUGGACAUGCUUCUUCACGGGGAGGAAGAGGCAAGGACCCGGCUGGUUCAAGGAGAAGCACCGCUUCGGCACGCUGCCUUUGUAUGUUCGUCCGGGUACUGUGCUGAUCCUGCGGCAAGAGGUCGGGUACGAGGAGAGCGUAAAAGAUGGCGCGGUGUAUGACUUUGCGCACCGGGUCGAAGUGCGGCUGUACGAGGUGCAGGCGAAGGACGGAGCGGAUGUUGUAGGUGUAGAUGGCGAAGUUGUCGGUAGGUUGGAGGUGGGAGAGGAUGGUCAAACAUUGAGUGGGCUGGAUCUGCUCCAGGGAGAAACGGUUGUUCGGGAACCUGGGUUUGGUGAUAGAAGUUUCGAGGAGUCAGGGAUCGAACUGCUUGAUUGAGUAUCAGAUGAACAAACAACUCAUUGAGUAUUGGAUACCAGAUUCAAAGAACCAAAACUCCAGUAUUAUUCAUUUUUCUUUUUUUGAUAAAGGAAAAGCCGACAUAGAACAAUCUUGUUCCAGA